AUGUUCGUCGUUCGCAGCAUCCACAAUUGCAGCUCGGAAAACGAUAAUGUUCCGAAUCUUGCUCAGCCAACACCACCUCCCUUUUCGCAAUUCAUCGGAAACACUGUACGAAACCAAGGGUUAACUUCGCUUUGUAGUGCCGAUGUUCCCUGCACUGCGGCGGGGGAGAUGACUAUGCCGAGGAACAGCAUGUAUGGGUUGCGAAGAGGCUCCGUGGUCCCCAAGCGAAACUCGGAUAUUAUGGAAGACGAAAUUCAGGAACUGGGGGAGCAGCAGAGUGGGGGAAGUGGUGGGAUUACAAAGACGGUUGAGUUCUCAUUUCACGAAGAGUCAACUUCCGAAGGGAGGGGAAGUGUAGGGUCUCGUCAAGGAUCAGCCUCACAAGCUGGAUCGACUGAACACCCAGGAUGA